ACUAAAAAACUCGGCUUGUCAGUGUCAAACGUCAAGUCAAACACAUUUUUGAAUGCAUUGUAGCCUUUUAUUUCGAAUAUUUUAUUAUUAAAUGUGAUACUAGUGAAUAAGUAGUGUAUAAAAUAUAAUUUAAUUUAUACUCUAUGUGAGAAUAAAAUUAAUUCCAAACUUGAUAUGUGAAUAGGUUAUGUGCAUAAGAGUCUAUUUUGGAAAAAAUGUCCUUUCCGAGUGAAGGUGGUAUAGGAAACUAUGAGAGCGUGCGAGGUUUCGGAGAUAGAAGCAACUCGGUGAGAAAAGCGUAUCAAGAUGGUGGCAUCAAAGCAGGUGCAUCGCGCGCAGUCAACCUCGCCUACCGAGUGCUAUCUCGCCGUAAGGCGGCCGAGGAAGGUGCCGCACGUCUCGCCAGGGUACUGUCAGCGCUUGACCUUACCGCCCUGGGUGUAGGCAGCACUCUUGGUGUCGGAGUGUAUGUGUUAGCGGGAGAUGUUGCGAAGAAUUACGCAGGACCUGCUGUUAUACUGUCGUUCUUGCUGGCCGCUGUUGCUAGUGUUUUUGCUGGUUUGUGUUACGCGGAGUUCGGAGCGCGCGUACCCAAAGCGGGCAGCGCGUACGUGUACAGCUAUGUGUGUGUGGGCGAGUUCAUCGCGUUCAUCAUCGGAUGGAAUCUCAUACUAGAAUACAUUAUUGGUGCAGCGUCAGUAGUGAAGGCGCUGAGCGAGUACCUGGACUCGCUGCUGAACAAGGCGAUAUCGACGCACCUGGAGGCCGCCAUGCCGCUCGACUCGCCGCACCUGGCGAGAUAUCCGGAUAUAUUCGCGUUCGCUGUCAUCAUGGUGUUUUCUGUCGCGCUGGCGUUCGGUGUUAAAGAAUCGACAAAAUUUAACAACUUGUGCACAGGCGUCAAUCUGUGUGUUGUUCUGUUCGUCAUUAUAUCUGGUUCUUUUAAAGCCGACACGAAGAACUGGAGGAUACCAGAGUCUGAAGUGCCCAAGUCGGAGACGAAGGACUUCGGUACGGGCGGGUUCGCGCCGUACGGACUCGCCGGCAUCAUCAAGGGCGCGGCCGUCUGCUUCUACGGGUUCAUCGGGUUCGACUGCGUGGCGACGGCGGGCGAGGAGGCGCGGCGGCCGCAGAAGAGCAUCCCCUUCGCGGUCGUGGCGUCGCUGCUCGUCGUGUUCCUCGCCUACUGCGGCGUCUCCUCCGUGCUCACGCUCAUGAUACCCUACUACAUGCAGGACGAGAAAGCCCCGUUCCCGUACGUGUACGACCGUCUCGGCUGGACGUGGGCCAAGUACGCAGUCAGCGUCGGCGCCAUCUGUGCGCUAUGCUCCAGUCUGCUAGGCGCGGUGUUUCCUCUCCCGCGCAUCAUCUACGCGAUGUCGUCGGACGGGCUGCUGUUCAAGUUCCUCGGCCGCGUCAGCGAGCGGUUCCAGACACCACUCAUCGGCACCAUCAUCGCUGGACUCUUCACUGGAACCCUCGCCAUGAUAUUCGAGUUGGAGCAGCUCAUCCACAUGAUGUCGAUUGGGACUCUGCUAGCGUACUCCAUGGUCGCGUCCUGCGUGCUGCUGCUCAGGUACGAGAGGACGACGGCUCACAAGGCGGCCGAGCCGCUGAACUUGACGCUGCGGUCGGGCUUCAGGCAGAUCUUCAACGCGGACAAACAUCUCGCUCCCACGCCACUCAGCUCCGCCAUGGUCACCGUGCUCGUGUCUUUGUAUGGUGUAUGGUGCUUCGUGAUGAUGCUGAGCAUCAACCAGUACGGCGAGGAGAUCCUGUCGGGCCGGCCGGGACCCAUCGCUCUCCUCUCUACGGGAACUCUGCUAGUUCUGGUUACGCUAUAUGCUAUAUCAAGGCAACCUGUCUCGGAGAAAAAGCUUGCUUUCUCUGUGCCGCUGGUUCCGUGGCUGCCCGGCAUCAGCAUCCUGAUCAACGUGUACCUGAUGCUCAACCUCGACUACAUGACCUGGAUAAGGUUCGCUGUGUGGAUAGCGGCGGGGCUCCUAAUCUACUUCACGUACGGCGCAUGGCACAGCUCCGAGCGGCGUCGAACCCUGGACUCGGUCCAGCUUGCAGACCUUCACAAUGACAGCCACACCGCCCUGCUCAACCACAACGGUCGCACUCAGCAACACGACUGACAGAGGGAGACAGAAGACGGCGGUGCUGACGAGAGCGAGCGAGAAGACGCUAAUAUCGUCAGCCCGAGUAGCACGGUGAUAUCUUUUGUUUCUAGUAUUUAGUGUUUGGACCCGAUGGCUGUUUUUGAUAUGUGGACCUGUUUUAGUAUUGAAUAAUGGAGUAGUCAUGGAUUCUGUUAGUUACAGAUAAAGGAAACUUUUUAAUAUUAUUUGACAAGGAUUGUAUAAAUUUACUAGAACUUGAAUGAUCAUUUUUACAAAUUGAUUUGAAAUAGAAGAUAGAAUUGAAUGGACGAAAAUUGUGUGUGACAAGACACAAUAUCGGUAGAUUAGGUUUUCUGACAAAUUUUCUUAGGCAACAGAUGACGGACAAUAUGUUGGCGAGCAUGACGCGCGUCACGACGUUAAUAUAGUAAUAAAUAAAAUCAGUCCUGUAUUAUAUACUGUCCCACUGCUGGGCAGUGGGCACGGUUCUCCUCUAUUACUUAGAGGACGUAGGGCUCAGUCCACCACGCUGGCCUAUUGCGGAUUGGUCACAACGUUAUCAUCUGAAAAUCAUGUCAUUACCUGUGCGUCUAAGUUGCAGUUGAAUUGUUGAACUCACAUGACUUUAUUUUAAUGGUUUGAUGACAUCGUCUCAAUAUUGUAUGUUUGCUUAUUUUAUUUGCAUUUAUUUUGAUUUUGCUUUUUAAUCUCGAAUAGUUGUACUUAAAUAUGUUAACUGCUAAUUUGAAAAUUCGUAAUUUUGUUCAGAUCUAUAAAACAAUAUUAUUUUUAAUAAACAUUGUAUGUGUCCAAAGUGAUUACUAAUAUUGGCCACGUUUUUAAAAACUAGUUUUCUUUUUUAAAUAGAUCCCGAAUAUUAUGUUAUUUUUAAGAAUCUCCAGUGUUCCUUUUAUUGUAUUACGCCAAAGUAUUUUUAGAUUUGUGUGCUUUUUAUGUUUAUAAUGUAAUUUUAUUUGGAAUGAGUUGUUGACUUUAUUAUUUUAUUUGAUUAUUCAUUAUAUUUAUAAAAUAAGUUUUAUUUAGAUAUGAGUUCAAUUGUGUAAUAAGUAAGGUACUUAAAUACAUUUGUAGAGAUCGAGGGAUGCAAUGUCUAAGAUUAACAUUAUAUUUGGUGUGCAUUGUACUUGCCAUCAGAAGUAGUGUACGUUAUCACGAUAAUAAUGUAUGUGUUUUGGUUGGUCAAACUUGGAAAUAAAUGGUCAAUACUAUAUAUUGGCUUACCAGAAAAAUAGAAAACCUCCGUAUGUUGUGGUAAAUUAUGGAAUAAUUCAUUGUGCUGACAUUAACUUUAAAAUGGAAAAGCAAAACUGGCGGAUGCAAAGCAGGUUUAUUAUUCUCCUGGUCAGGUUAUAACUCAUGGACCAUAAAUUAUUUUUUAUCGAAGUUUUGUCCCUCAAUAUAUGGACUGCGCUGUAAACCGUGCAGUCACUGGACCUUGUAAAAUGCGGCUUAGGUAUGUGUUGGAUUUGUGUGAAUAACAGUAUUAGUAGAGCUGUUCCGGGCUGUCAGACAGCCAUGAUAAUUCCUAUAAUCAUGUGAUUAACACGUAUGGACUUAGUGCGUAGACUUAUAAAAAUUGUGUAUGUAUAACUCUUCUAAACAUAUCUGACUACAUUAGAUCGUAUUGUAUUUAAUGUAAGGUCAGGGUCUAUAGAGGCGAAUCUACGUCUAAAUCUUCUUGCAAGCACGGUUGUUCUAUUCGAAGGACAGUUUCAAAAAAUCCCAGAUUUACCUAUUUACGGCCAUCAAAGUGGUCCUUCGAUUAGAAAUACCUGUAAUUGCCCCCAUAGAUGGAAUAGGGGCCCUGACUAUAUUUUUUUGUCUGUAAACCAUUGAUAUUUAUGUAAUAUUACUUAUUAUUUUCUUCAAUUAUAAUUUUUUUUAAGUUUUGCCUGAUUUAUCUUUCUUAAUCAACCUAGAUUGGUUUAUAGUAGCUUAUUGAUACUGAGCAGAUGAAAGCAUAAAUGUACACAAUUUUUAUAUCUUAUAUAUAUGUCAUUUAUCAUUGUAUUCGUUUCGUUGCAGUCACACUGCUUUUUAAAUGUGUAUUGUGCACUUAUGAUAAAGCGUACUUUUGUUUUUUAUAUUAAUUUAGAUUAACGGUCGAUUCCAAUAAACAUUCUGAUUGGUACUUAAUAACCCAAUUAUAAAGACAGUAAGCAUGUCAAACUAUUUUGAUUGGCCCAUUAGUUAUGAAUCCAACAGUGGAGUCUAAGAUCAGUUAUAGGAAUCGGCCAAUAGUUGAUACGUAAGGGUAUCACAGUAUUUGACCAAAAAUGUGGUCAAUGCAUGAAAUAACCGCUGAUAAAUAUGUUUUGCGUAGCGAUAUGUAUGUGGCAAAAAGUAGGUACAAUUUGUUAAAACUAAUAGAUGUAAAAAACUAGAAUAGAAUUGUAAUUUCUAAAAUAUUUAUAAUGUAUUUGUUUACUAAAAUCAAGUUUUUUUUGUAAUUGUCAGGGAUUCUGUUUCCUCAUUAUUAUAUUGUUCUUUUUUCAUAGGUUCUUAAAUUUGUGAGAUAGGAUUUUGAAUUAUGUUCAUAAAUUGCUCGGUUAUUACGUGCUUUGACCGAAUCCAAAUAAAAGCUUUGUUUAAAUCA